UGGCGAUAACGUCACGGCUCAAGCGUCGAGACCGCCCGAGUUUACCUCAGCCUGUUAAUUUAAGAACUUUAAGUUUAUCGUCUGCAAAUUGUCAUUCGCCGGGCGUUUUUUGUCAGUUCGACAACUAAAGACUAAAAAAUUGAGAGAUGGCAGCAUUCACAAAAGGUGUUUUUAUUGUUGCUGCUAAAAGAACCCCAUUUGGCACAUAUGGAGGAUAUUUUGUUAAAAAAAGCGCUUGUGAUCUUCAGGAAGUCGCAGCAAAAGCUGCUCUAGCGUCAGGCAAUGUCCCACCAGAAAAGGUGGAUUCUGUUGUUAUUGGAAACGUUCUUGCGAAUACCUCAUCUGAUUCGAUUUUCAUGCCCAGACAUGUACUUUUAAGAUGUAACAUUCCUCUCGAACGACCAGCUUUGGGUAUAAAUCGACUUUGCGGCUCCGGAUUUCAGGCUAUUGUGAACGGUGCUCAGAACAUUCUUUGCGGAGACUCUCAGGUAGUCCUUACCGGCGGCACUGACAAUAUGAGCCAAUCACCAUAUGCUGUGAGGAACAUUAGAUUCGGUGCUCCAUUAGGCUCAAAAAUUGAAUUUGAAGAUACCCUCUGGGUAGGAUUGACAGAUACCUAUUGCAAUUUGCCGAUGGGAUUGACUGCAGAAAAAUUGGCAUCUAAAUAUAAAAUCGAGAGAGCAGAAGUCGACGAAUACGCAUUUAGAUCACAAACAUUAUGGAAAAAAGCACAUGACGGAGGCUUUUUUAAGGAGGAGUUGGCCCCAGUUACUGUGAAUAUUAAAAAGAAAGAUGUCGUGGUUGAUACAGAUGAACAUCCAAAACAGCAAUCGACACUGGAGAAUUUUAAAAAAUUGCCUCCUGUUUUUAAAAAAGACGGAGUUGUAACUGCUGGAUCUGCAUCAGGUGUGUGCGACGGAGCAGGAGCUGUUGUUUUAGCGAGCGAAGAGGCCGUGAAGGCGAACAAUUUCACACCGCUGGCUAGACUCGUAGGUUACUGUGUUGUUGGUGUCGAACCAAGCAUUAUGGGCAUCGGCCCAGCUCCUGCAAUCACCCAGUUACUUAAACUCGUGGGAAAAUCAUUGAAAGACAUCGAUUUGGUCGAGAUUAAUGAAGCAUUUGGAGCACAGACCUUGGCUUGUGCGAAAGAACUCGACCUCGAUAUGAACAAACUGAACGUCAACGGUGGUGCGAUUGCUUUGGGCCACCCUCUCGCUGCUUCCGGCUCACGGAUAACAGCCCAUUUGGUGCACGAGCUCAGAAGGAGAAAAGCUAAAUUGGGAAUUGGAUCUGCCUGCAUUGGAGGAGGACAGGGUAUAGCUUUGUUGGUUGAAAGUGUAUAAUUUGACAUAAAUUUAUAUUAUUAUUGAAAUCAGUUUAAUUCAAAUUUAUUUUCUCAAAUGUAUUAUCAACGUGUUUAAUAUUUUUUUUGACAUUUAAGU